AUGCCUACCCAACUCGAUAAUCUUAUGAAAUCCAAGAACGUCGUCCUCUUCUUUGGAGGCGUCGUCUCCAUGGCAGCAGCAUACACUAUCUGGGGAAACGAUGGCCAAGGAGUGUUUCCUCCUCUAGCAGAUCCCGCGGGUGAUCCUAAGACAUGGUCUAGGGAAGAAUGUCGACUAUGGCUGGACAAGAGAAACCUCCACCCUGACCCAAAGGCCACCAAGGAGGAAUUGAUCGAUAGGAUACUGGCGAACAUGCGCAUUCCAAGAAAGUAG